AUGGCCCAUCCCUGUCCGACUGGAAGUGGCGAAGUAGAGAACAGCAUCGAAGGAGCUGAUACUAAGGGCAAGGGCUACAAAGGCCCUGGAAAGUUCGCAGGCAAAGGGCCUGGACCAGUCAAGGGAGGAAAAGGCGCCAACCCAAGCUGGAAAGAGAAAGCUGCUGCUGCCGCAGCAGAGCCCUUCCAGAAGCUGCGCGUGGCCUCGCUGCCCCCUGGAGCCAUCACGUCGCCUCGAUGGGAGACGACCUUCGCCGUGGACUUUCCUGCUGCAGGCCAGACUGAGAGUGUUGUGUUUUUGGCUACGCUGGAUGGGAGCUAUGUGUUGAAGACUUCACAGGCCCCGGCUCAGGAGUAUUUUGCCACGAGAUUCAUUCAGAAACUUGGUAUUCCAACCCCGCAGAUGCGAAUCAUCUUUGGAAAGGAUGCAGAGCAUAGUAAAAUCCGAGAAGCUCUGAUGACUGUUGCGGGACAGAACGACAGGAGGGGAAACUCGGAGAAGGCCCACCGAUUAUUGAUGAGAGCUCAUAGCUCUUUCAUACCAACCAUGCCUAUCUUGCUCAUGAGCCUCGUGCCUUCUCCGAUUCCCCUAGGCUCUGCUUCCUCCUCAGAGGUGGAAGCCUUCCUGGAAGUCUCCAAAGACAGAGCUGCGAUUCCGCGACUGCAUGCUGCUGGACGCUGCUGGCUAGCUGAUGCGGUCCUUGGUUUUCGCGAUCGCUUUGCAAGUCCUGUCACCUGCAAAGACUAUCACAAGUUGCGCGCGAUGCUCAAGGAGCAUGGCCCUGCAAUCUUACAGGAAGGUCCGCCGCCGACGUUGUUUGACCAGUACGGGCUUCUACAAGGCAACGCAGACAACCUGGUGCUCAGUGACAACUGUUUAGUGGCCAUUGACAACCACGUGCAGCACGUCAAGUCUGCAUGCGAGGCAAGUUCUGGGAUGGAGCCAAGGGCUAUUGCUGGCACAUUUGCCAAGGUCCUGGAAGAAGCAGCAGCGAAUGGCUUGCUAGAACCACCUGCAGCCAGCGUCGAGUUCUUCCAUCACAUGGUGCGACAAAAUACCGGCUACGAGCUUACCACCGCUGCCUUGUGUGAGUUUCGCUUGGGCGUCCUGCAUGCGUUGCGGGAUCUCGGCUCAGUUCUUGCUUGGGCCGAGUCCUUCCUGGCCGAGCUGCUGGAAGAUGCAGAAGCCACCGAGAGCAAGUUUUGGAUGGACAACGUGAAUUCCAUCAACGGCGAGGCUCUGCAGUCACUCGGCGCCGCUCUUUGUGAGACAGCUGCUCCUUACAAGGACUUCCUUGCGUCGUUACCAGAUGUCCCGGCGCCAUCCCCAGCCGUUGACACUAAAGCUGUAGAUGCAAAGGCAUCCGAGCCCCAAGCAAGUUCUGAAGCAUUGGCUGCAGCACCAGAGCUCUGGGAUGCUUUGCCACCAGAUGUGCAGGCAGCUCUGCAACGGGAGCCUCCACGUCCUAUUCCAUAUGCCCCAAGGUGA